UGACGUCAUAGUGUUUAUUCGACGUCAUUCAUCGCAUGACGAUUGAAUGGACUAAUGGCAUAAUGAAAUCCAAUGGCAGAGUCAUAUAACACAGACACAUUUCACGUCAGCGAAGGCCGGUCAUUACUGGAUCCGCAACAACCCUACACACAACAGCCUGGCUACGGGGCACACCAUGGAUACGGACCGCCAACGCAUCAAGGAUACGGACCGCCACCGCGGGGCUAUGAACACACGCAUACUGUUUACGAAGAGCACAUAUUUCCUCCAACCUGCCCGGUGGGCCAGCCGCCAGACUACUUGAUCCUGUCUUUGAUAUCGUGCUGUUUCUGCUGGCCCUUAGCACUGGCUGCUGUCGUGGCGUCAUUCAGCUCCAGGAACGCGUCUGAUUCUUGUGACUACGACAAGGCACGACGUCACGGGGAGUUGGCAAAGAACAUCGCCAUAUCCGCCAUCGUGUGCGGCGUCGUGUUGUUCUGCAUCUUCAUCAUUGUCAGGAUUGUGGGCUACAGCCACCCCGUCAUACACUUCCGACACGAAUACGCUAACACCUAGUCCACCGCAGAGCAAGUCGCUUUAACAUUUAGUCUUGAAUGUUGUGUUUCUUGUUUGUUGACGACUCUUCAAUUUACUGAAGUGUGUGUGUGUGGGGGGGGGGGGGGGGGGGGGGAGUUGUUAAAGAAACGUUUAUAUAUAUUCACUGUUUAUAGUAACUACAAUUUUUUCCGUCUUAAUUAACGCCAAAAAAGUAUGAAUUGAUGUAGAGUGUAAAUAGACAUGUGCAGGUAUUAUAUAAUCAUGGUCAUUUUAAUAUCUGCAAAAUUUAAUAAUUUAAUUUCGGCACAAAGUUCGUAUUUAGAGUCCCCUGCCGGUCUAACCAGAGGGGACAAUAGAUUUUAUCUCCGUACUUCUGUCUGUCUGUCUGUCUGUCUGUCUGUCCCACAUAUAGUUUGAGAUACUGAGCUGACAUUUUGUGUGUAGCUUUAUUUGUACCGUUACAGUGCAAGUUAUGGCCCAAGAACUUAGGAGGUACGAACAUUUGUUUUGCGAUUUACUCAUUUGUUUGGACCUUGAAAUUAGGAUAUAUGAAACUUUGUUUUUUAGUGUGGGUUUUUUGUUUUGGCUUUAUCAUAUACUGUUAUUGAUCAAGUUUACAAACUAUUCACAGAGUUAUCGCCCCUUGAAUUUAGGAGAUACGAAAAUGUUUUGGGCCCGUAAGGGACAUGUAUUGCCUUAACAGUACUCUCAAAAUGCUUGUUGCAUUUAUUGUCUUUGCUAUACCAACAUUACAUUUUUAAUAAAAUGUAUUUGUUUUACUCUCUCUCUCUCUCUCUCUCUCUCUCUCUCUCUCUCUCUCUCUCUCUCUCUCUCUCUCUCUCUCUCUCUCUCUCUCUCUCUCUCUCUCUCUCUCUCUCUCUCUCUCUCUCUCUCUAUGUGUGUCUGUGUGUAUGUCAGAAACAUAAAAAUAUUAUACAUUUAUAUUAUUAUUAUUGUAAAUAUCAUAAAUGUAUUAAGUUGUAUUAACAAUACUGCGUUGUAAUAAAUAAUUACAAAGAUAUAUCAAUAUUGGUCCUAUGGAUUUAUGGGUUUAUGUAGGACAAAAAUAUUUUGUUUAGUUGCUUUGUCUGAAAUAAUAAAUAAAACUAAAAGCUAUUUAUUUAUCUUGUUCAAAACUGAAAUAAAUAUAUUACAAAAUUGUCUUUAUAUUACACCAUAA